CUACUAUACUAUAACUCCACCACAACGACUACAAUUCUGUAAAUGGAUGAGCACUACAACAUUUACUGAUGGGUAUGUAUCCAAUAUAUCUCGAAAUGUUAAAGAUGGGAAAAUCACGGGUUUAAAGACUCAUGAUUGCCAUGUGUUGCUACAACGGCUACUCCCAGUUGGAAUUCGGUCAUUCUUGAGCAAGGAUGUUUGUGAUCCUAUAGUUGAAUUAGCAAGUUUCUUUGAACAGAUAUGUGCAAAAACAUUAAAGGUAGCAGACUUAGACCGAUUGCAGCGUGACAUUGUAGUUAUUUUAUGCAAGCUUGAGCAGAUAUUCCCGCCUGCAUUCUUCGACAUUAUGAUCCACUUAGCUGUGCAUUUGCCACAUGAAGCCAAAAUUGCCGGACCAGUUGGAUAUAGAUGGAUGUUUCCAAUAGAAAGGAAGCUUGGGGAUUUACAGGAUUACGUACGUAAUAGAGCUCGACCCGAAGGUUCUAUUGCUGAGGGUUAUAUUGCAGAAGAGUCACUAACCUUUUGCUCAAUGUAUCUAAAUGAUAUUGAGACGGUUUUCACUCGACCUGAACGAAAUUAUGAUGGGGGUGAAACAACUGCAAUGUUGUCGGUUUUUGCUCAAAAUGUACAACCACUUGGUGGGUACAAAAUGGUUGAUUGGUCAGAUGAAGAGAAGGAACCUGCUUAUUGGUAUAUCUUAGACAAUUGUGAUGAAGUUGAACCCUUUAAAACUCAACAUUAUGAAAUUUUGAAAAGAGAUAGUCAAGUUAAGCUAGAAGAGAGACAAAGAGAUCAGUUUCCUUCAUGGUUCAAGACUCAUAUUACUGAAUUAUAUAACCUGGGAUCAAGUGAUGUGACCAGAGAAUUAUAUGCAUUAACAUUUGGUCCAGAGGAUAGUGUUGGUACCUACACAAUUUGUAAUGCAAAUAGUGUUCGAUGGCAUGUCAAACAGCUCGAGCAAACUAGAACAAUGCAGAAUAGUGGGAUCAUGGUUCCAGGAUCACAUAAUAACAGUGAAAGUGACUUUUAUGGGCAGUUGGUUAGCAUCGUCAAAUUAGACUUUCCGUACGGCUAUUCAGUUUUUCUAUUCAAAGGUGAGUGA